AUGAAAAUCAUUCAUGAUAUCAAUUAUUUGUUAUGUGCUGACAGAGGAAAUAUUUUUGACAUUCGACAAUUCAUAGACAAAACAUUUCCAAUGAACACUUCGGAAUUUGACGAUUUACAAAGGAUAACUCAUCUUGCAGUCGUACCUGCGAUCUACAUAAAACACAAAAAAGACAAGAACGUAUUACAUAAACAUAUUUUACUUGAAGUUCAAAUGUUAACCGAAAUACCAAAUAACGUCACAGUGUAUGUUGAUGAAAGACAAAUUGGUUACAACGAUGUUUGUGGACGAAUCUAUGAAAAAUGUUUCGAAAAUCCUAUUUCCACUUUGUUAAAUCGUGCGGAUGAUGUACUUUCUAAGAGACUGAAAUUCAAGUAUCCCGUAGAUAUCGAUCCUCUAACGUUUUCAUAUAAGAUAAUGUUAUUCAAUUUAGGAGGUGUGAUCGUUGACAAAAACGAUUAUAUACAAGAAGUAUACGCCAUGCGUUUAUCAUAUCCAUUAGAUUAUACCAACACAAGUAAAGCGGAGGGGAAUAAAGCAUGGAGCAAAGCUCUUCACAGCAGAAUAAAAAAAAUGCAAUUUCAAGUAUAUUGA